AUUAUCAAAAGAAAAUAACUUUAACUUUACGAAAAUGUUCUCGGAACUUUAUCAUUAAAAAUACACCAGGUCGAAUACUCCCGUGAAUAUGAUCAAUAAGUACAUACGAUCGAUAUUACUGUUAUCACGCAAUACACAUGAAAACUAUUAUAUAUAACUCAAAAAUAUACCUCCUCGUGCAAUUAUGAUUUGCACACAUGUAUUAAACUAAGUAAAAUAUAAUUAUCUUAGUAUUCUCGACAAAAAGGUGUCGGCAAUCACUGUAUGUAAACAAUGAAUUAUUUCUUCACGCUCAUGUUAAACUGUAUGUAUUUAUUUAUCGUAAAACGGUCCAAAUGACAAUUCUUCUUAAUUUGGAAAUACUUUUCAAUGUAAUAGAAUAAAAAUAGAACAUAGAAAACAUUUACACAUUAACAUGCACAUUUCACCAGAAAUAUGGAAAACAUACGCUCACGCUAAAAUAUUAUGUUUUUAAAAAACAUUAAUAUACACAUACCAAAAUUAUGGAUUUUAGGCUCACUGACCACUCAUACUUGUGCGUCAAGGAUGUGCAUUCACUGUAAAAAUAAGAAACAUGCAUGCAAUAAAGUGUUAGUUUAACAAUAAUAGCGAAUCUCGCAUUACUAGAACUAAUUUGACAAAUGCGCGCUAAAUGAACUAUAUCAAACCGAAAAAUACAGAAACCCGACAAUAGAAAUUAUCCUACACAUACCUGAUAUUUUCAACUAUAACAACCACAUGACUUUGGACAAAUCUUCAAUACAAAAGAACAUCCAACCCCGUCAACUUUCAGCAGCGAACUAACUGGAUAAAUAUCUACCCGUAAAACGAAAACAAUAACCAAGCGUGCAUGACUAGCGGGAAAUCUAUACCCGGACUAAACUCAUUUGCAUAACAAUGUAAAGAUAAUUCACAUUAUAUAAAGAGACCAGUUUCUAUACAAUAAAUUCUAACACUUUAAUUAAAUGAUUAAAACAAUUUAUUAAAAGAUUUAACUGCUAUCUUUUUAUUAUUUAUUUUCUGACUUUUAUUAUUUUUAUAGCAAUGGUUUCACAAUAAAUUAUUUAGAUUUUUUUAGUAACUUUUAUUUCAUAAAAUAAAACACAUAUAUAAAAUUAUAUUCACAAACAUCACAAGACCACUAAAAAUGUCACUAUUACAAAUAUGCUAAUCAGUGGUCAUUAGUGGAUAACAUGUACCUACAAAAAUAGAAUGGAUUGGUUAAAAGUAGUUUAAACAGAGAGAAGUAAAUGAAAACAAAAAAUUGGUAUAAGUGCGGCACUAUGAACAUCAAAGGCCGUUGAUUUAUACUUAAACAAUCACCAUCCUCACCGAAAAGAAAAUGCUGGCUGACCCGUGUUAAGAGAGAGCCAUAUCUCUUGCACGUUAAAGACACCCUUGUAGAUUUCGAAAAAGAGUAGGCUAAUGCCGCUACAAGGCAGCACUCGCACCCGCAAAGUGGAAAGGGAUUAAAAUAAGUUGCAAAACUUGUUUCCCAAUCCACUAUAAAUAAAUAUGUUUAAACUAAAAGAAAAUGCAUGGCUUAAAUGUUGUAAAAACCAAGCUUAGAGAAAAAAUAUAUAAACUAUGGUGAAAUGUAUGAUCAUCUUCAAUUGCAAUCAUGGUUCGUCCACGUUGUAAUGUAUGCAAGAAGACUGUUACGAUUCGACAAGAUGCUUUUCAAUGUGACACAUGUGACAACUGGCAGCAUCGUCUAUGUGAAACUGAUGACACCUUACCAGAUCAACUUACAGAUGCUAUUGAUCAGCCAACAUACUCAGUUGUAGAUGGUGCUUCUCAGCGAGGAAAGCGUAAGCUGGUUGAUGUAGAUGGAUAUACUUACACAGUAAAGAAAGGUGAUUCAACAACCUGGUGGUGUUCAGUUCGCAACAAGACAACCAGUUGUUUUGCUACUGUCUUACAGAAAGGUGACAACUUUACUGCUGGUCGUAAAUCCCACUGUCAUACUGCAAACCCUAGUACUGUUACAGCAGUCAAGAUUACAGCUCAGGCUAAUAAAUCAGGCUCGCCAAGAUGUCUUCAGGUCUGCAGGUGCUAUUGUAGAGACAGCUAUCCUCCAACAUUCAGACCCAUCCCAACCAGCAGGUAGCAGUAUAGAGACGGGGAUUUAACCGCAAGUCAACUUAUCCGAAUGUGUGGUUUGUUGAACGGUCGGUCUGCGGAUUAAAAGACAUUUCGUUUUCUGAAUGAAAACCGCUCAAUGGUUAAUUAUGUGAUUGAACAGUAUUGAACAUUUAUUGAACAUGUAAACUUUUUGAGAUGAACAGUUAUAUGAAAUGAAUUUGAUUCAGAUAAAUCAAAUUAUUUAAUGUAUUGUUAUUCUUAUCUGUUAUUGAUUAUAGUAUCUAAUAAAAAAUAUAUAAAUCUUUUGCAAUUUGCUUUAUACAUGCAUAUGCUUUCUGGUUUCAAAACUAUUAGAAAUGCAUUCAAUAUACGAAAUAAGACAUAUAAAAAAGAAGAUCUCGUAUCAUUGCUUAUGAGACAACUCUUCACAAGAGACCAAAAUGACACAGAAAUGAACAACUAUAGGUAAUCGUACAGUCUUCAACCAUGAGCAAAACCCACCCAUACCUCAUAGUCAGUAAAACAAUUCAAACCGAAAACGAACUGACUGCCAUACUUAUAUAAAAAAAGAACAAAAAACAAAGUGUUAACACAUCAACAAACAACGUGUUUAUGGCAAUAUUCAGUAAAAAAUCUCUCCAAAUAUUCUAAGGAUCGAGCACACUUUGACACUUGAGGAUUUUUUUUUAGAUAUAAAUCCUAUCAGUAGAUAAAUCAGUAGGUAAAUAAUAAAAUAUGAAGCAUUAUAAUGUUAAAAAUAUUUUCUACUAACACGAAAAAACUAAGACAUGUUCAACGCAAUGUUCAGUAAAAAAUAUCCUUUUCAUAUUCUAUGGAUCUACCUCAGGGUAAACUGGGAUACU